CUGGGGUGGUUUCACUAAAGAGGCCUUAGAAGACCUCCCCUUUGCCACUAACUUUGCGUUCAGAGUUCUGAGUGGUACGGCUCGAAGCAGGCCGAAGCCAAGGAGCGCUUCACAGCCAACUCCGAGGAGCACUUCCAGCAGAAAGAAUGCCGCAGUAUGCCCCGGAAGCGGAAGUGAAACCUCGCCCCGAAAGGCUGGACUACACCGAGUGGUGACGUUUCCUCAUUGGACGGAAGGUUCGGUGGCAGUCAUCGGUCUUCCAGCUGGUGGGAGUUGGUGUCGUGGCGCUGGGCUUUGGCACUUUGGUUUAUAGAGUUUGGGAAGUCGGCUUGUGGGGUCGCACCUGUCUGUCUGCGCCUCCACUUUCUUGGGUUUCCUCCUUCGGCGUGGGGCCUCGCGAAGGAAUCCCGGGCCCUUUGGGCCACGGCGUUCGCGGUGCCCUUUGCGUGAGGAAAGUGAGGCUCAGAGAGAUUAAGUAACUUACUCAGAGUAACACAGCCAGUAUGUAACAGAGCUGGGAUUUGAAUCCAAGUCUCUCAGACUCUCAUGCUCUUUCCAGUACGUCACACUGCAGCAGAUUUCCUCAUAAGCGUGUUUUAAUAAGCCUUCAAGAUGGUACUAGCAGACCUUGGAAGAAAAAUAACAUCAGCAUUACGCUCAUUGAGCAAUGCCACCAUUAUCAAUGAGGAGGUAUUAAAUGCUAUGCUAAAAGAAGUAUGUACAGCAUUAUUAGAAGCAGAUGUUAAUAUUAAACUGGUUAAACAACUAAGAGAGAAUGUUAAGUCUGCUAUUGAUCUUGAAGAGAUGGCAUCUGGUCUUAACAAAAGAAAAAUGAUUCAGCAUGCUGUAUUUAAAGAACUUGUAAAGCUGGUAGACCCUGGGGUUAAAGCCUGGACACCCACGAAAGGGAAGCAGAAUGUGAUCAUGUUUGUUGGAUUGCAGGGGAGUGGUAAAACAACAACGUGUUCAAAGUUAGCAUAUUAUUACCAAAGGAAAGGUUGGAAGACCUGUUUGAUAUGUGCAGACACAUUCAGAGCAGGUGCUUUUGAUCAAUUAAAACAAAAUGCAACCAAGGCAAGAAUUCCAUUCUAUGGAAGCUAUACAGAAAUGGAUCCUGUUAUCAUUGCCUCUGAAGGAGUGGACAAAUUCAAAAACGAAAAUUUUGAAAUUAUUAUUGUUGAUACAAGUGGCCGCCAUAAACAAGAAGACUCUUUGUUUGAAGAAAUGCUUCAAGUUGCUAAUGCUAUACAACCAGACAAUAUUGUUUAUGUGAUGGAUGCCUCCAUUGGACAGGCUUGUGAAGCCCAGGCCAAAGCUUUUAAAGAUAAAGUAGAUGUAGCUUCAGUAAUAGUGACAAAGCUUGAUGGCCAUGCAAAAGGUGGUGGUGCACUUAGUGCAGUUGCUGCCACAAAAAGUCCAAUUAUUUUCAUUGGUACAGGGGAACAUAUAGAUGACUUCGAGCCUUUUAAAACACAGCCUUUCAUCAGCAAACUUCUUGGUAUGGGUGACAUUGAGGGAUUGAUAGAUAAAGUCAACGAGUUGAAGUUGGAUGACAAUGAAGCCCUCAUAGAGAAGUUGAAACAUGGCCAGUUUACAUUACGAGAUAUGUAUGAGCAAUUUCAAAACAUCAUGAAAAUGGGCCCCUUCAGUCAGAUUCUGGGGAUGAUCCCUGGCUUUGGAACAGAUUUUAUGAGCAAAGGAAAUGAACAGGAGUCAAUGGCAAGGUUAAAGAAAUUAAUGACGAUAAUGGAUAGUAUGAAUGAUCAAGAACUGGACAGUACAGAUGGUGCUAAGGUUUUUAGUAAGCAGCCUGGAAGAAUCCAAAGAGUAGCAAGAGGAUCAGGUGUGUCAACAAGAGACGUCCAAGAACUUUUAACACAAUAUACUAAAUUUGCACAAAUGGUGAAAAAGAUGGGUGGUAUCAAAGGACUUUUCAAAGGUGGUGACAUGUCUAAGAAUGUCAGCCAGUCUCAGAUGGCAAAAUUGAAUCAACAAAUGGCCAAAAUGAUGGAUCCAAGAGUUCUUCAUCAUAUGGGUGGCAUGGCAGGACUUCAGUCGAUGAUGAGGCAGUUUCAACAGGGUGCUGCUGGCAAUAUGAAAGGCAUGAUGGGAUUCAAUAAUAUGUAAAGAAGAUGCCUUAAUAUAAAUUGACUCGAUUACAUUAUUUGCUGAGACCUCAAUAGUUUCCCUCUUUUUUGCAAAUGGUGUACGGGGAAACAAAACAAGUAUUUUUUCUUGCCUUUUUUCUUUUCUUCUUGUCAUUUCCCCCUUUCUUCGCUCUCUUUCUCUCCCUUCUUUCCCUCCCUCUGCUCAAAGGGAGGGAUAUAUGGUGUUUGGGGAAAUCACUAUAUUUCUGCUUUACAGACAUCUUCUUGUCAGUUUCCACACUGUACACUUGAGUUAAAUCAUGAUGUGAAAUUUUAGUACAUAAAAGGUUUUUAAUUGUCUCAAAGGCCAAGCAUUACAUUUUUAAACAGUUAUAGUCAGUAGUUACAUGAUGUCUCAAUAAAAGUGCUGUAAAAUAAACUUCGAUGUGGCUAUAAGUUGAAAA